UCAAAGUUUGGCCCUACAGCACACCGUAUAGCCUCGCUCCUGCUAGCAUGAAGCUAAAUCAAUGCUAAGGAAGUUGCUUGAUCUUAAAGAUGCAAAUGAAGAUGAGAAUGGACCGAAAAUGAAGCUGUUAAACACAGCUAAAACCAAGACAACAAUGUUGACGUGAAAAUAGAUCAGAAAGGUAGUCGAAUAUAAUUUUGGUAAAGGUGAGACAUGGAUUUCCUUGUUCUUUUUUCCAUCUACGUCGCCGUGGUGCUCACCUGUAUAUUUCUAGUCUGUAAAUACUCAGGCCAGCAGCAAAGCCCCUUUAAUGCACUGCUGAACCGUGUAACAAAGGUAGUCGCACCGUUUACACCAGAGUGGCUCAAAAACUUAUCCCAAUGGUUCAUGCACAGAUUGUUUCAUCAAAGGAACAACAUGUUCAUCUACCUCCAUAUCCUAUUAGAGGUUGCUGUGUAUGCAGAGUUCUCCUAUGAGGUGUUUGGCUUCUGUAGGGAGAUGGACACCACUCUUAUCAACCUUUCCAUGCCUUACGUGUUGCUGGUGAUCAAAACGUUGUUCUUCUACCUCUGCAUAAAGACAGAUCCAGGGGUCUGCAACAUGUGCGUCCAGCGUUUUGAUCACCACUGCAUCUGGGUUAACAACUGCAUUGGUGCUCAGAACACGCGUGUUUUCCUGCUUUACCUCUUCAGCGUGUGUGCUAUGGCAGGUGACAUCGCCCUGCUCACUGGAGACAUGCUGCUUCAUGCUGUGCUCCGCUCAGGGCUCUUAAGAGCCAGUUAUAUUGAUGAGUAUGGCCAGCAGCAGCCGACUGGACCUCUCUUUAUUGUACAGCAUCUGUUUCUGACAUUUCCCCGGAUCGUUUUCAUGCUGGGCUUUGUAAUCUUCAUCUUCUUUCUCCUGGCUGCUUAUGCCCUAUUUCAUUCCUACCUGGCUCUCAUCAACCAGACUUCAAACGAUCGGUCAAAGUUUGCUCACUCGUCUCCCUGGCCAGCUUUCACGGACACCAUCAAAGAGGACAGUGUCACCAAGCUGAUGGAGACUCUCACUGCCUACAAAGUUCUGUGUGGUAAGUGCGGCAAUGGACUGGGCCACGAAUUUGUGAAUGAUGGUCCAGAGGAGGGAAAGUCACGGUUUUGAAUCUUCAGCCACUCGCUCAAGUUUGUCCCCAACAAAGGUAACCGCAUACAAAAGGUCAAGGUGUGCUUCUUUGUCGGCUGUAGUGACAGUAUGGGGUUUUCAUUUGUUUCAACUGUUCUUUUAAUUAAUGCAUUUUAGGUCAAGGAGGAACAUUUUUUUGGGUUUCUUAGGACAGUUGAGUUUUUAUGUUUUUAAGAAUAAAUGAUAGCCAACUUUAAGGUUUGCCAGCCGUUUGAUGUCAAUAUCUCAUUUGAAAGCCUAGUCAUGUCCUAGUUUUAACUGUCCAGCUGGCAGUUUGCUGUUAUGCUGAAGAAAUCUGGAGGGGAGACCACCUCUUUCCAAACAUGUCCUAGUUGAAUAGUUAUACCUGCAGUAAAACUGCUCCACCGCAUAAUGAUACGACCAUGUGCUUAACAGCUGGUAGAGAGUCAUCAGAGUUUAAUACUUAAGUCAUAAAGUCCUAAGAGUUGCCAUUCCACAUGCAGUUCUCUAGAUUAAAGCUGAACAAGUAGAAUAAGGAAAAAAAGGCUAUUUACACCAAAACCUUUUUUUGUGUUGUAUGUUGUCAAGGUAACUUUUUUGUGUCCAGUUUGUGAACAAACAAUGCUCUGUUGCUACACUACACUGUAAUGUUUUUUUUGUUUUGUUUUUUACUGACUGGGAUUCCAUUUUCUUCAUCUACUUGCUGAAUAGCUUUAAGCUUUUAAGUUGUUCUUUCUCUACUGCUCUAGGUAAGGACAAACAGUAAAGAGU